GGCUGCGGGCCGGGCGGCGGGCGAGCGGGGGAAGAUGGCGGAGCUGGGCAAGAAGUACUGCGUGUACUGCCUGGCCGAGGUGAGCCCGCUGCGCUUCCGCUGCACCGAGUGCCAGGACAUCGAGCUGUGCCCCGAGUGCUUCUCGGCUGGCGCGGAGAUCGGCCACCACCGCCGCUACCACGGCUACCAGCUGGUGGACGGCGGACGAUUCACUCUCUGGGGGCCUGAGGCGGAGGGCGGCUGGACCAGCCGCGAGGAGCAGCUGCUGUUGGACGCCAUCGAGCAGUUCGGCUUCGGCAACUGGGAAGACAUGGCUGCGCAUGUUGGUGCUUCAAGGACUCCCCAGGAAGUGAUGGAGCACUAUGUCAGCAUGUACAUCCAUGGGAACUUGGGCAAAGCCUGCAUCCCUGACACCAUCCCCAACCGGGUGACAGAUCAUACCUGCCCCAGCGGGGGCCCUCUCUCACCUAGCCUCACCACCCCUCUGCCCCCACUGGACAUCUCAGUGGCUGAGCAGCAGCAGCUGGGCUACAUGCCACUGCGUGAUGACUAUGAGAUCGAGUAUGACCAGGAUGCUGAGACACUCAUCAGUGGGCUCUCCGUGAACUAUGAUGAUGAUGAUGUGGAGAUCGAGCUCAAGCGUGCCCAUGUAGACAUGUAUGUGCGGAAGCUGAAGGAGAGGCAGCGCCGGAAGAACAUUGCCCGUGACUACAACCUGGUGCCGGCCUUCCUGGGCAAGGACAAGAAGGAGAAGGAGAAGACACUAAAGCGAAAGAUCACCAAGGAGGAGAAGGAGCUGCGGCUGAAACUGCGGCCUCUCUACCAGUUCAUGUCCUGCAAAGAGUUCGAUGACUUAUUUGAAAACAUGCACAAGGAGAAGAUGCUUCGCGCCAAGAUCAGAGAGCUGCAGAGGUACCGGCGCAACGGCAUUACGAAGAUGGAGGAGUCGGCCGAGUAUGAGGCUGCCAGGCACAAACGGGAGAGGAGGAAGGAGAACAAAAACCUGGCCAGCUCCAAACGGGGGAAGGAAGACGGCAAGGACGGCGAGUUUGCAGCCAUAGAGAACCUUCCUGGGUUUGAGCUGCUGUCAGAUCGGGAGAAGGUUCUCUGUAGCUCUUUGAACUUGAGUCCCGCACGCUAUGUGACUGUGAAGACUAUUAUAAUUAAAGAUCACCUCCAGAAACGACAAGGGAUCCCCUCUAAAAGUCGCCUUCCCAGUUAUCUGGACAAGGUCCUAAAGAAAAGGAUUUUAAAUUUCCUCACAGAAAGUGGGUGGAUAUCCAGGGACGCUUCCUGAGGCCAGAUGAUGCUAAAGCAGCUUGUGAGCCAAAUGACCUGGGGUCCCCCCAACAUUGUUGCUCUUUUAAACUAAUUGAAUUCUUUUUUCAAGGCUUAAA